ACUCAAUCUGAGUAUUGUUGUCAAAAUGAAAAUAUUGCAAUAGUUAAUAUUUAAUAGUUAAUUAGAACUUGAAAAAUAUGUCAAUACCUGGGGACGGAGUAAUGGCAACAGAUUCUGUAAGGAGAAUACGCACCCAACUGGGUGGCAGCACUUUUGGUCAGCGUCGCGAGGACAUUUUCCGUCGCUUUCAGGAAAGUGCGCACCAAUUAUCGAACAAUUUCAGGGGAAAGGAACUUGUUACAGAGCAAAAUGAUUCCGCACAAGAGCUAUGUGAUUCCCUUGAAGAGCUUCUUGGCUAUGGAUUGAGACAGUCUACAAAUGGAACAACUUUUAGUGCUGCUAGUUUCAUCCAAAACAUGCAUGAGAUAGUAUCUGGAAAUUCGAGUAUUACCUGCAAUAACAACGAGACAACCUUCUGGGACUUUUGCCAGUCACACUUAACGCCCCAUGAACGUCAAAGAUACUUGGAUCUGAAACAAAUAUGGACAAACGUUGGCCGGGGACGAGCGUUUGUUCGAGCCAGUCUAAAUGAAAAACGCCUUUACAGCCAUGUCCUGACUUGGUUAAGCGACGAAGAGCAGCUGCACAAGUUUUACACUCCUUGGUCGCUGUUGCUUAACGAGGAGGUGGCCAAACAGCUCCCAAAGAUUAUCGAAUCUCUUAAAGAUGUCUUUUUUUCUCUUAAUGUGGACACGACGGAUUUAAACGCGCCCCGAAGAUCAGCGCGAGCUGUUGUACUCAAGGAAGAGCCUGUUAUAUAUGCCCCAAACCCGGUACCUGUGGUAGCGCGACAUAAAAAUCGGCCUGUUGUCGCUAUCGAACGUCACAUUGAGGAACCUAGCUCCACAUUGGAUUUGCUAGGUGACUUAACCCCUAUUGACUCCAUCCAAAUUCCACAAUUGCUUUCCAAAGAUGUUUUAGAUGAGCAGCGUAAUAACCCAUUACAUCGUCGUUUUGAUUCGUCGGAACCCGCUGAACCUAUUGAUCAAAACGCAGAGAUUGAACCUAUUGAAGAGAUCCACGUUGCUGGCGAGACCGAACUGUACGAAGACCACAGUGAUACUUCCUCUCAGUGGAGCAAGUCCUCAUCGCCUAAUUGGCAGCCAAACAACAGACAAGAGCAGACGGAUCUGGAGGAGCAAGUUAACGUUCUUUCUGAGAGAUGCGCCCUUCUGGAAACUCGUGUAGCAGAUCUGAGUUUGCAAAACCGUCUGCUUAUUCGACGACUCACGAAGCAAUUUGAAAUGACUGGUAUUGAUCCCAGUUCCUCGCUGACCUCCAACUUUCUGAUCACCAUUCCUCAAGUGAAGCUAGAAAAAGGCCAACGUUCCCGGUCUCAUUACGCUUAUGAAAUCCACAUUACUAUGCGGGAACGACUAGAUCACUGGACACUCUACCGUCGCUACAGUGAAUUUGAUAAGCUUCACAAAUCGUUGUUGAGAACUCAUCCAGUGGUGAAUUCAGUGGAGUUUCCCCCAAAAAAACAUUUCGGCAACAUGAAUUUGGUGUUUGUAGAGGAACGGCGUCAACAGCUUCAGAUUUAUCUACUUAAUAUAGUGGAGUUGCUGCCGCAGGUAGAAGCUUGCAAAUCCAAGGCGGAGCUGCAGAAGGCUUUUGCAUUUUUUCGAGAAAGGUAGCCAACUACCUAAUUACACUCAAAACCGCUGAAUAUCAUUUCGUUAUUUGUAUUAAAAUAUUGUUAUACCGAUGUAUCG